CAACAACAACGCCAUGUUUAGAGAUCCAGGGCAACCGAAAAUCUAGUGCGACAGCUCGAGCGCAGGAAUUAGGUCAUUUCACACACACACACACACACACACACACAGAGAGAAAGAGAGAGAGAGUGUAAGUCCGUCAGUCAGUCAUAAGAAAUUAAAACGUAGUAAAAGUUUAAAACAGGUCAGCUAACGAUUAGCUUCCAAUGCUCCACAUCUCGGUGUUUCGGAUGUGUUUGGAGCGCGCGCGGGUCCAGGCUAACGGCAGACCGGAUCUUCACCGCUUCAGCAAGACGUCUCUCCUGAACUACUGACUGAACAGCACUCAGAAUGAAAAGAAGAUUAAUCGGACCCAAGGAGGCCAGCAGCUUGUCCUGUGAGGAGCGGAUGGAGGUUUUCAAAAAAGCCAGAUGUCCCAGCGAGGACUGUGGAGACGUGGUGUCCACCUGGGCGUGGUUACCGCAAGAGAUCUUGCUGCGUGUCUUUCAGUACUUGCCGUUGCUGGAUCGUGCUUUUGCCUCCCAGGUGUGUCGUGGUUGGAAUGAAGCUUUUCACAUGCCUGAGCUCUGGAGAUGCUUUGAGUUUGAGCUCAACCAACCCGCAAGUUCAUACCUGAAGGCCACACAUCCUGAUCUCAUUAAGCAAAUCAUCAAGAAGCACUCUAAUCAUUUACAGUAUGUCAGUUUUAAGGUGGACAGCAGUACGGAAUCAGCAGAGGCAGCUUGCAACAUUCUGUCUCAACUUGUAAACUGCUCAAUAAAGACCCUCGGCCUCAUUUCCACAGCACGGCCAAGCUUUAUGGAGUUAACAAAGGAAGAACCUCUGAAGAAACUUCAUUCCCACUUCAUCUCUGCGCUGACUGUGGUGUUCGUCAACUCCAAAUCAUUGUCGUCACUCAAGAUUGAUGACAUGCCCGUUGAUGACCCGUCGCUCAAGGUCUUGGUGGCCAACAACAGCGACACACUCAAAUUGCUUAAGAUGAGCAGCUGCCCCCAUGUCUCCCCUGCAGGUAUUCUGUGUGUUGCUGAUCAGUGUCAUGGCUUGAGGGAGUUGGCGCUAAAUUACCACUUGCUGAGUGAUGAACUCCUCCUUGCGCUCUCCUCAGAGAAGCAUGUGCAUCUGGAGCACCUUCGCAUCGAUGUUGUGAGUGAGAACCCAGGUCAGCAGUUUCACACCAUCAAAAAAAGCAGCUGGGAUGCCAUGGUGCGCCACUCACCCAAGUUUAAUCUCGUCAUGUACUUCUUCCUCUAUGAGGAUGAGUUUGAGCCUUUCUUCCGCGAUGAGAUUCCCGUCACACACCUCUACUUUGGCCGUUCGGUCAGCAAAGAGGUGCUCGGGCGAGUGGGCAUGAACUGCCCUCGGCUCGUAGAGCUGGUGGUGUGUGCUAACGGCUUGCGUCCCCUGGAUGAGGAGCUGAUUCGCAUUGCUGAGCGCUGUACACAGCUGUCGGCCAUCGGCCUGGGCGAGUGCGAAGUGUCCUGCAGCGCAUUCGUAGAGUUUGUCAAGAUGUGUGGGAGGCGCCUCACACAGCUCUCCAUCAUGGAGGAGGUGCUUAUACCUGACCACAAGUACAGCCUGGAUGAGAUCCAUUGGGAGGUUUCAAGACACCUCGGCCGUGUCUGGUUCCCGGAUAUGAUGCCCACCUGGUAGGGCAUUUGCAGAUUUGCUUAAGGAUCAGAUUAUUGGAUUCAUUACCAGCACUUAGUUUAUUACUUUGUAAGGCAGUUCUGACCCCUUUAGUGUGAUUUGAGAUAUUGUAGUUUUAAACAUACAGUAGCAGGAUAUAUCAGUAGUGUUUUGGUAGUACUGACAAAAGCUUAAUAACUUCAGAGAUGUAAACGUUUACAGGGGUAGAUCAGUGACACUUUCCUGAUGGUGUUUACAGCAGCGACGUUAUCAACGCCUUCUCAAACUCUUGAUUAUGCUUUUGUCAGUAAUACCAAAACACUACUGAUAUAUCCUGCCAAUAAUAUGGCUUAUAUUUUUUUUGCUUUAUACCGAAUAUUAUGUCUGUGCUGUCAGUCAUGAAGGAAUACUCAUUGAAUCUAAAGCUGUAUCCUUACACAUGCACAAUACCCUGUGGUUCUUGUACAGUAUGUUUCUAUAUAUUACAUUUUUGAAGAACAAUUUUUUGUUGUUUUAAUUAAAGAGCUAGAUUUAUGACCUUUACAUCUUAUUAAUUUCAUCACUUUAUAACUUUCCACUUUUAAUUUGUAUAAAUGAUAGAAACAGGGUAUAUGUAUAAAUGUACAAAUGUAGUAUAGUUGUUCUGUUUUCAGCAAAAGUGGACUCAUGAGGAAGAAGCUUUAU